GUCAAUUUCACCCCAGAAAAUUUUAAACUGUUAUUUCCAAACCCAUUUCUCCUCUUUCCACUACACUAUACCACUUUUCAUCCAAUAAUUUCCGUUCAUUUUUCUUGGAAGUCACAAAAAUCAACGUUAGGUAAUGUUAAUUUUGUCACCCAAAAACCCUAAUCCGGACCAACCCCUAGGGUUUACCCUAACCGGACCUAGACCCUGAAACCACUCUGUUCUCAGAAAGUGUAAUUUCUUUAGCGUAGUUAAGGCAGCAAUGGAGGUCGCUAGUUUCAGCCCAGUUAAAAAGAGCAUCUUGGUAUGCUCUGUAUUGGAAGCUUUGGUGACUGAGACUUUGUUUCUCGCUGGAAAGUCUCUUGCUUGCUUUCUCAUGCUGACAGGAUCAGUGCUGAAUAAUAUGAAUGCAUCACUUAAUUUGACUGCAGUGGAUCACAGGUUUCCAUUUGAUGAACUUCUAAAAAUGGAACAUCCUGGUCCAGAAAACAAAGAUGCCAGUGAUACAGAGGAUGAUGACGAAGAUGAAGAGGAGGAUAACGCAGAUGAUCAAGAUGAUGAUGCAGCUGAUGAGGAUUUCUCAGCUGAAGAAGGUGAGGAAGCGGAUCCCAAGGAUGACCCUGAGGCCAAUGGGGAUGGAGGGAGUGAUGAAGAGGAUGAUGAUGAGGAUGAUGAUGAUGGGGACGAAGAUGAUGAGGAGGAGGAGGAUGAAGAAGAGGAGGACGAAGAAGAUGAGGAUGAUGAGGUUCCUCAGCCACCUGCUAAGAAGAGGAAGUGAAACUAAUCAUAUAGGCCUUUAGAUUGUUUGUUUGCAAUAGAAUAGAAGAUUUGGCAUCCUUUGUUCUGAAUGAACCUUAUUUCUGGUAUUUGUCGUGCACUUAUGUUACCGGUGGUUAUGAUACAAAUUAUUGCACCGUUAAUCAACGGUCAUUCCUUUUUGUUCCGUAGAACUUGGCAUUGCUAAUUGCAUCAAAUAUCAGGAUUGUUUAAUUACGUCUUGGGCUUUUGUUCAGUAGAACUGUAAAGUAGAAACCGAAGUUUAUUCAAUUAUGUCAAAUUAGAGAUUAACACUGGACUAAAAUGUUGCGGCUGGAUGUAACUUGCUGACCUUGCAGGGUAUCGGGCUUUCCCAAAAGGCUAGAACCUGAGGUUUCCAUAUCUUGAGAUUAAGUCAUUCUAAGCCUCCUGGCCACACAAAAUCUGACGUACGAAGGUAUUGUUCCAAGCAAUUGGAACAAAAGAACGGUGGCUUAUUGGGUUAAUUUAGUUAUAGAAAGUCAAACUUUAUUAAAUCCCAGUUUUUUGUUUGUUUAGAAGGUGCAAAUGAGGUUGAGCAAAACCCAGCAAGUAAAACAACCAUUAGUUGAUUUUUGUCCUUACUCGGAGAUAAAAAAUUUUUUGGGCUAUGAUUAUCACGCUGGUUUUAAUAUUCCACCCAUAGGUGAUUGUGACAGUCUAACGCAGCUCGCAUUCAAACAGCCCCUCUGUAGUGUUGGGAGUUAGGGGCAGGUGACAGAUGAAUAAGCAAGAUUUGAGAAAAGAGCCACAUCAUAGACAAACUUUUGAACACAAUCAACAGUAAUUCGUAGAAAACCCAGAGAGGAAGAGACCAGACUUGUUACAUUAGUUAUUCAAGCUUUGACUGUCAAAGAGUAUUAACGUGCAAUAAUAAUAAUAAUGAUGUUCAUUGCUAAUGAUAUAAUGUCUCAGAAUUGUGCAACGAGAUGGUAAAAUUAUUUGCUCUCUUCAAAAGGAAGAUGGUAAACCUUUCUCCCCUCGCAUUGAUGAUCAUAUUGCAUGACU